AUGGCUGGAUUCACUGCUGCACCCCUUCGUCAUAGGCUGCUCUUUUCCUCGCUCACCAAAUUGGAAAUUUAUGGGGAUAAUAAGGUGAAGAGCUUCACAGAGGAGCAAGAGGACCUUCUGUUCGUCAACUCCCUCGAGGAUAUCGCAUUUUGUGGUUGCCAGAACCUGCAGUCUCUCCUAAACGGCUACAUGGACUUGGCAACCUCAAGAGGUACCUUCCACCCUAUACAUCAAACUGGUGUGGGAUGGGGAAAAACAGUGCCAGUCUCAUCAAAUAAAGCACAAGAUAAUAUGACAGUUGUUGAAUCAUGGUAUAAUGCAAAUUAUUUGCUUUGCCCACAUCUCAAUGACUAUUGA